AAAUUCCCCAUUUUUAGCCUUGCAUUUCCCCGAUGUAGCGGUACUUUUUUUCUGCUAACCCACACCCGUACGUGCCAGGUCAAAAAUUACUUCCAGCGUAAGAUCGACUCGGGCAAUACCGAGUUCGAGGAGAUUGUCCGGAUUGCCGAAGAGAAGAAGAUGCGAGGCGAACCCACUGGUCCGCUGCCAGUGCCCAGCGUCACUCAGAAGAGACGCUACGAGGCCACGCCUUCGGCCGUAGCCCCUCGACCGCUGGCGCCCCAUACCGAUGUCGAUCACGCGGAUGACGGCCGUAAGGUCAAGACCACCGCGCCCAACGCAAUGUCUCCGCCACCCGCGUCGACUGUCCAGAUUCGCUCUGCCGCCGAAGCUCCUUCUGAUCGGAACAUGCCCAGAUACCCACCUCUGGCCCAAGCGACUGGCGCGCCUCUCGCCACAGGUACGAUGCUGGCCGAAGAUCCUUCACGUGCUAUUCGGCCGCAUGGUAUCCCGCCGCCGCCACGGAUGUCUCAAGGUCCGCGGAUGGGCUAUUUCACAGAAGAGCGAAGGGAUGUAACGGGCCCGGCCACUCCAUCAAUUGCUCCUUCUCGUCCCCCGCAGGAUGUGCAGCCGUCUCCUCGG